AUGCGGCGGAGGGCGGUCGAUCCCCGGCGGCCGUCGCGGAGGAGGUUCGUGGGAUGGAUCUGGUUCCUUCUCGUGGUCUCCGCGGUGGGUGGUUUGACCCUCGUCGCCGUGCGCCGCCAUCAGGUGGAGAAACUGGAGCCGCCGUUCCGGGUGAGUUGCUCCUGUUCUCUCCUGGUUUUGCUCAGUUGCGGUGCUCGCCGACCUUUUCUCUCAAAUUCCUGGAUGGAGUGGUAGCAUCACAGCGGGAGAAACUCGUUUAUAUCCAACUAUUUCUAUGAUUCUGCGGUGGAGUUUCAUCGAUUUUAUUGAACUGAAUCAGAGAAAUCCAAGCUCGCAACCUGAACUGGACCGGGUGCCAUCUGUUCAUCAGAUAUCGCCGAUGUUUCCUCAUGAAGCUUUGACCGGCUUCCAUGGAGAUCUAAUUUGGGAACCGGUUGUCUCGCAGAGUUUCCUCCUUGAAGCCAUUGAAUCCGUUCUUAGAAAACUUUCUUGGCAAUGGAAACCCACAAGCCCUGUCUGCUGUUUUCCGGAAACCCAAUCGGAUUCUUGGUCAACUCCAUCUUCUUCUUCUUCUCUGAAGUCUCCCCAUGAUAUCUGGAUCAUAUUCAUAGAAUUCAGAAAGACAGAGGAAGUCAAGUUAUGAUUAACAGUUGUGUUUGGGUUCGGAAGGCUUUCAUGAGAAACAAGGGAAAUAAUUCGAUUAACUGGAUGGGAUUUGAUCAUUUUACAUUUUUUUUUGCAUGGAUGCUGCUGGGUCAAAUCCGAGGAUCCACCAUUAAUUUUUUCAUCAACAUCUCUUAUUCUUUUUUUUUUUUGCAUUUCAUCAUCUUUUUUUCAUAUCAGACUGCAUGGCCACCAGAAUUGGAAUUGGUGUUUCUGGAUAGAUUUCCUCAAACUGAGAGUAAUGGGAUCUGGGUCCUCCAUUAGUGGAAAGAAAAAAAGGUUAGAGAGAGAAAGGGAGCCCCUGGUCUAUCAUCAGAAGGGGGAUGCUGCGCAACAGUUAUUUUAGGAAAGAGAAAAUCAAAAUCCCUUUCCAUCUAUGUUGCAUGUGACGGCGGGUGUCCGCUCCAUCAGUUCAUCCAGCCAUCGCCGAUGAUAUCACCAUAAUCUUGCCAUUAGUAUACACAGGGCUCUUUUUUUUUUCGCAGAAAGAAGGAAUCUUUGAUCUGGGAGCUAACCUCCCCCAUUUUUUUUCUCCCAACUUCCAGGAGGUCAACGCGACAGAAAUCACCGCACAGUAUCAGGACUUCAACUUGACCGAUGAGCUGCUCAGCUCCACCUCCUUUGCCCGGCAGCUGGCCGACCAGAUGACCCUGGCAAAGGCCUACCUGGUCAUCGCCAAGGAGCACCAUAACCUCAAGUUCGCCUGGGAUCUCAGCUCGCAGAUCAGGAACUCCCAGCGGUUGCUUGCGCAGGCCGCUGUGAGGGGGAAGCCCGUCACCCAGGAUGAAGCCGGCCCCAUGAUCACCAGCCUAUCGCAGCUGAUAUACAAAGCCCAGGACAUCCACUACGAUCUCGCCACAGCCAUUACCACCCUCAAGGUCCACGCUCAAGCCAUGGAAGAUCGGCUCACCGCUGCCAUGGUUCAGAGUGCAGAGUUCGGCCGGCUUGCGGCCCAAGGCCUGCCCAGAUCCAUCCACUGCUUGACCAUCAAGCUCACCGAGGAUUGGUUCGGCGACCCGAAGCUUCAGAAGCUCGAGGAAGAUCAGAAGAACUCUCCCCGGCUGGUGGACAACAGCCUCUACCACUUCUGCAUCUUCUCCGACAAUGUCCUGGCGGCGUCGGUGGUCGUGAAUUCUACGGUCUCUAAUGCCGAUCACCCGCGGCAGCUCGUCUUCCACGUCGUCACCAGCCCUGUGAGCUUCCGGGCUAUGAAGGCCUGGUUUCUCACGAGCAGCUUUGGCGGGUCAACGGUGGAGGUUCUCAGCACCGAGGAGUUCCCCUGGUUGAGAAAGCUCCGCCGUGAUAUGGAUAUGGCAUCCUUGCUGAGUCACCUGCGGUUCUACCUCCCUGAGAUUGCGCCGUCACUGGAGAAGGUGGUCUUUCUCGAGGACGACGUGGUGGUUCAGAAGGAUCUGACGGCGCUCUUCAUCCUGGACCUGCACGGGAAUGUCAACGGGGCCGUGGAGACCUGCCUCGAGGCCUUCCACAGGUACCACAAGUACGUCAACUUCUCCAGCCCCAUCAUCAGCUCGGAGUUUGACCCCGAGGCCUGCGGGUGGGCCUUUGGGAUGAACGUCUUCGAUCUCAUGGCGUGGAAGAAGGCUGACCUGACGGCCAGGUACCACCACUGGCUGCGACAGAACUCCGGCGGUUAUCUCUGGACGGGUGGGGGAACUCUUCCUCCUGGCCUUCUGACCUUUUAUGGGUCAACGGAGCCGCUUGACCGGAGAUGGCACGUCCUGGGGCUGGGCUUUGACCCUGAGAUCGAUGGUCGGCUGAUAGAGACGGCCGCCGUCAUCCACUUCAACGGGAACAUGAAGCCAUGGCUCGGGUCAGCGAUUACCAGGUACCUACCUCUUUGGGAGCGGUAUGUCAACCACACCCGCCUCCAUCUUCAUGGCUGCUGA